AUGUCAGACACCAACUUCCCGUCGCCGCUCACCGGGGUUAACCGAGACAUUCCGCUGCCGACCGACAAAGCCGCCGACGGCAAGAGCCUGGUGAACCUGCCCCCGGGCACGCCCAGCUCGUCCUACCAGCAGUUCAUCGAGGCCUACGACACGGAGAAGCGCGGAGCCUUCGAUGUCCACGUGUACUACGACCAGACGAACCAGGAUCAGACUCGCUAUGCCACGGAGCUGUAUGAGCGCAUCCGACGCGAGUUCCCCGAGCUGCGCAUCUACAAGCUGUGGGAUCGUCCCAUCGGUCCCCAUCCCACCGCCAUGUUCGAGGUCAGCGUCUUCACGCCCGCCCAGUUCGGCGCCCUGAUUCCCUGGCUCGCCGUCUGGCGCGGGCCGCUGCCCGUGCUCGUCCACCCCAACUCGGUGCCGGCGGACGGCGAGACGCUGGACGCGGCCGAGGUGCGGGACCACACGCAACGUGCCAUCUGGCUGGGCGAGAAGCAGCCGCUGGACCUGAAAGUGUUUGCCUAA